UCCCUCCCCAUAAAACACCCACGAAGAAGAAUCUUUUUUUCCAUCUACUUGACAACCUUCGUGCCUCCGUACCCGUGUGGCAAGUGACCUUAAUUCCGUGGGCUAGAUAAAGCUUCCCUGGAUGGCGAGACAAACGGUAAGCCCCGCGUUGUGUCUAUAAUGAAUACUGGAUUGAAUGUCACACUCCCUCGGCCACUAUUACUCACGGCGGCAGGCGUCCACCCCUCACGGCAGGAACCUGUCAUCCGCCUCACCUGCGCCUUCCUCAGGCCAUGAAUAGCCCGGCUCAAGGACAGCUGAUAAUGGCCCUCCGCUGGCAAGGCACCCAACUGGCAUCACUGCUUCAGCCCCUUACCAAAGUUACCUACAGGGAUGAUCUCAGUACCAUUGACUUCAUGCCUUCCAAGGACACUGCCAUCAUCUUCAUCAGUGAGGUGGAUAUUCUCUCGGGUGGAGGCUAUCGGAGGCGUGUGGUCAAGUUCCGUCAAAGCGUCAACAUCAGCAGCAGUGCCAGCAGCGACGUCAGCACUGUUGAUGCCGAGCGCCUCAUGGUGAUGGUGCAGAACACGCCACUCACGAUGCAGCAUUUCAACGGCCUGCAGAAGUUCGUCAACAUUGAUCUUGGUUUAACUGUCAUCCCUGUCCAGUCACUAAAGGAUACCGCCACCCUUCUAUCCCGCAUGGUAAGAAGUGAGACCAAGAUCAAGUCCAACCCAUUCCGCAUAAAGCCCAGAGAACAGAGCAAUCCAGACCAACAACUCCUGGCCUCCCUCACCGCCACUGUGCCCGGGCUGGGGGGGCAGAAGGCACGGGCACUGCUCAAGCGCUUCGGCACCCUCCAUGCCCUGGCCCUGGCACCCCGAGAGGCACUGGAGGAGGUGGUGGGCAAGGCUGCAGGGGCGUCUGUGUUUGAGUUCUUUAAUGGUGUGGCGUGAGGGGGAGAGGGAAGGGGAAGAGGGAAGAGGAAAAUGGGUAGGGAAGAGGGGAAUGAAGUGUGCCAUGAUGGGAAGGGAAGGGAAGGGGAAAAGGGUGUAGGGGAGAGGGGAGUGAGUAAGGGAUAGGGAGAGGGGAGGAGUUAAAGAUGGCUAGGGAAGAGGGGAAUGAGGUAAGAGAUGGGAAAAUGGGGUAGGGAAGAGGAAACUGAGGUAAGGAAUGAGGGGAGAAAAGGAAGAAGAAAGAAAGAGAGGGCAAGGUCAAAAAAAUGGAAAAGAGGAAAAGAGAGAAAAGAAAGGGAAGGGGGAGAGGAAGAGGGUUAGAAAAGAAGGGAAUGAGGUAAGGGACGUACGGGGAAGAGGAAAAAAAAGAGGAAGGAAAAUGAUGAAAAAGGGAAGGGAAAAGAGGGAGUCAGAAGAGGAGAGAGAAGAGGGAAAAGGAAAAGAAAUGGGGAAGUGAAAAGGGAAAAAUGGUUUGGGGAAAGAUCCUGCACUACUACUACUACUACUACUAUUACUACUACUACUACUAUUACUACUACUUCUACUACUACUACUACUACUACUACUACUACUACUACAAUUACUACUACUUCUACUACUACUACUGCUACUACUACUGCCUCUCCCAACCUCUUUCUCAGCUUCUUAGUGUGGGUCAAGGGCCGCUCCCCCCUCCCCCCUCCCUCGUCCUUCACCACCAAGGAAAAAAACUCAAGGAAUUCGCCCAAGAUAAAAAUAAGGCUCAAGGAAUUUGCUUAAGAUAAAAAAGAUGCUCAAGGAAUUUGUAGAUUUUGGUAUGUGUUCUUAUCAUUUUCUUUAUUAUUAUUAUUAUUAUUAUUAUUAUUAUUAUUAUUAUUAUUAUUAUUAUCAUUAUUAUUAUCAUUAUUAUUAUUAUUAUUAUUUUUAUUAUUACAUUCUCAUUAUCAAAAUCAUCAUCCGGUCACAAAUACAAUCCAUGGCUGUUCAUUGUAAACGGACAAAUAUAUUUUUCUA